AUGGACGCGUCAGAUAUGGCCCAGGAAACUGCAUCCUCCUCGCCCACCGAGGUGCAUCACACGACAUCUCUACAUCAUACAGAGCGGGGCGCUCUCUUGCGCCAGCUGGCAGAGGUGCAAAGGCGAAUGGAGCAACGCUUGGGGGCUGUCAAUGUCGAACUAGAGUACCUGGAGGCCUUUCGCAGCGGCAUUGUAUCGGAGAUGCGCAGUGAAUCGUCCCCUCGUCGCCGCUCUGUCACUGUUCUUGCCCCCAGAGAUGGCGGAAAGAGGAGCCGCGAAGAGGUCGCGUUUGUCGGCUACGCGAUGGCGUCUCCGAGGCACCGGGGCGAGGUCAGAGCACUAGGCUUUGACCCGUUUCGCGAAGCGGGCCUCUACGUGAGCUCCAACAAUCCCGUAGUGCGUGUCGCACCGCUGUCUCUCAGCAAAGACGAAAAGGUGCGUCAGGAGGUGGAGUAUAUAUUGCCAAGCUACAUCUCCGUUGGGGUGGCAAGGGCAAGGGGCUUGCCUUUUGCCGGAGCCGCGCGACUUUUCGAGUCGCUCGCCGCGGCAGGGCUGGACAAGUCCGACUUUGCUCUCUCGAGCACCUCAGCGGGACGCUGUCUCAGCGUCCACAAGCAUCCCGACCCAAGCGAUGUCGAGGCGCUUUGUGCCGCGGUCCCAGAGGAGCGGGUGCGCGCACUAUGCCGCGACAGCAUGGGGGAUGCCGGGGCCAUUGCAAGCUGCCUUUACACGGAGUUGGCACAGCAGGCAACACAACGGGCGCUCAUCCUGCCCGCAAUGCGUCUGCGCAACGUGAUGCUGCUGCGGCUGCCGCCCUACCGGCAGCAGCUCCUACUGGAGGCAACCACCUGGACGCUGCGGAGGUGUUGCGACUGCCGCGAUCGUGACCUGACCGAGAACUCGCAUGUGCAAUGGUGCAAGGUCCUACACAGUGCGGCACCUGAGACACAGGCGUGCGCGUAUCUGAAGCGGAACGCAUACGCCACCGCCUACUCUCAGCUGCUGCAAGGACUCAGCACAGUCUCCAGCGUCCGACAGGGGUAUCUUGUCGCUGUACUCACCGUCUGCGGCAAUUUCUUCGACCUCCUCGACGCGGGAAAGCUGCCACUCCAACGGCGAACCAGCCCAUUUCUCUUCCACGGCGCGUAUGCAGCACCAAAUGAGGGCCAAACCUCGCUGAGUCCGGCGGUGUGCAGCUGA